AUGCGCGAUCCCAGGGCCAAGAUCCCCAUCUUCCCGAAGGACCCGGUGUGCCGGAACUUCUACGCGGAGCUGCUGCGCUGGCCGAGCCGGUACCGGGACUACUACUGCUGCGAGCGCCCGGCGGACGCGGCCAUCGCCUGCGGGAAGCCGGACUGGAAAGGAUGCAGGAAUCACCUCUGGGAUCUGAGCAGUUUCGGCGAGGAGGAGGUACGCAGGCUGUGCUACUCCAUCCGCGAUGUCUUGGAGAUGAAGGGCAUGUUCUACAUGGGCCGGGUGCGGCGUUCUUUGCGCGUGGCCUUCCACCGAAAGCACCCGGGGGAGUGCAUGCCCAACGCUCCGCUGCGGGCUUUGGGCUACACCUCCGCGGGCGGAUGCUUCGCGAACAUACGGAGCGGCAAGCCCCUGAGCUCCCUCAUGAAGAUCGGGUACGUGCCUGGUGGCAAUGUGUACAGCAACAAGAUCGUGUUGAUGGACGAGGCUCACAAUCUGGUGAGGAGCCAGACCCAAUACGCGGAGCAGCUUCAACGCCUGCGGCGCUUGCUCUACGAGGCCAAGCACCUGGUGCUUGCUGGCUUCACUGGGACCCCCAUCUUGUCAGAGCCCUCGGAGGGGCGACAGCUGCUGGACAUCGUCAAGGGCUGCCUGGCGCCCGAAGGGGACGAAGGCUUCCUGUCCUCCUUCCCCAUGCGGCCGCAGCCGCUGUUCCCCAUCUCCCUGCCCCGCGGCUUGCCGGAUGGGGCCCUCACGCUGCAGCGCAAGAAGCAGCUGGUGAGGAAGAUGGAGAUGAAGGGUGAGGCGCUGAAAGUCUACGACCUCAAGCGACGCUUGGGCUUGCCCAGCCGCCGACUCCGGGCCUACUGCAACGUGAGCAUCUUCCACGCGGCCUUCCACGACGGCAAGGCGGGCAGCAAGGCCCGGAUCCUCGCCUACCCCGAGGACUGCUGCCCCAAGCUCCUGGGCAUCGCCCAGGCGGUGCUGGCCUCGGAGCAGAAGGCGGUGAUCAUGAUCGGCCGCACCUCGGGAUAUGUGGUGAUGCUGGAGCUGAUGAAACACCUGGCCAGCCAGGCCGACCCGCCGGUGGGCGUCGCCACCAUGAAUGAGCUCUCCGAGUUCAACCACUGCUCCAAUAUCCGUGGCGAGAUCUACCGAGUGCUGGUGGCUGACUCCCUGCAGUGCUCCGAGGGGGUGUCCUUUUUGUCGGUGCGGCGCACCUUCUUGGCCGACGUCCCCGUUGCGCCCAGCGGCUUCAUCCAGCAAACUGGCCGCGCCAUCCGCAUGUACGGGCACAGAGGCUUGCCGGAGGAGGAGCAAACGGUGACUACGCAGCUCUUCGUGUCCAUCUUGCCCAAGUGGAUGCGGAGCAGCAGUUUGGCCUGUUGGGCGCUGAGGGCCCAGAAGAAGCACAGCAGCGGCAAGGAGGUGGAGAAGAGGGCACGGAUUCUGACCGCGCGCAUGAAUCGGGCCGGCAUCAGCAGCUUAGAGGACCUCAAGGCGCGGCUGGACGCCCACGGCGCGCGGCGCCAGCGGAGCCGCGAGAACUUGUCGGCGGAGGAUGUGCUCACCUUCCUGGAGCAGAAUGGGCUGUGGGAGGAAGCCCGGCUGUUGCGCAGCGCCGACAAGAAGGACAAGGAGAAGGCGCAGGCUGCAGAGGAGACCCAGGCGUUGCAGAACGGCGCCAGCCGGGAGUCCUUGCGGGGCGAGUCCACUGAGCUUCUCAAAGGAGGCACCUUGGAGGAGGACGAAUUCGCGAAUGCGCUGGCGAACAUGCUGGAGGAGGAGCUGCCGGAAGAGGAGAGGCAACAGGAGAUGGAGGCUCUGAAGGAGGAGCAAGAUGCCGACGACGUAGAUGGCGAGGAAGGCAAAAAGGCGAAGCCUUUGCCGCCUGCGCCUUUCGCGAGCCAAGCGGUGGCGACGCUGGCGAUGUCGCCGGAGCAGGUGGCGCAGUGCCUCACGGAGACGCUGCAGGCCUUGCGCGCCGCGCUGCGAGAGGCGGAGAAGAAGUCGGAGAAGGAGAAGGAGCCACACCGGCAGAGCGCUGAGGAAUUCUUGGCGGAGGACUUCGGCAGAGCCUUGGCCGAGUCGUUGGGCGCGGCGGACGCCGCGGAAACGUCCGCCGCGCCCUCCGAACGCGGCGCCGAAGCGGUGCCGGUGGCGGAAGCAGCCGCGAAGGCACCGGUGCGCCGGUGCCCACAGGAGCCACACCGGCAGAGCGCUGAGGAAUUCUUGGCGGAGGACUUCGGCAGAGCCUUGGCCGAGUCGUUGGGCGCGGCGGACGCCGCGGAAACGUCCGCCGCGCCCUCCGAACGCGGCGCCGAAGCGGUGCCGGUGGCGGAAGCAGCUGUGAAGGCACCGGUGCGCCGGUGCCCACAGGAGCCACACCGGCAGAGCGCUGAGGAAUUCUUGGCGGAGGACUUCGGCAGAGCCUUGGCCGAGUCGUUGGGCGCGGCGGACGCCGCGGAAACGUCCGCCGCGCCCUCCGAACGCGGCGCCGAAGCGGUGCCGGUGGCGGAAGCAGCCGCGAAGGCAGAUGUAGAAAUGCCGGAGAACGACGUCCAGCUGGCUGGCUCGCAAGAACAAGCUUGGCGCGCCCCGCUGGUGGCGGUUUUGGAGAAGUCCCGGCGCUGCGCCGCCUUUCUUGGGGCGGCCAGGACUGCCCUGCCCAAUUUGGAUCCUGCACUUCACGACUUCAACACCCUGACGUUGCACCAGGCGCGAGGCUUGCGGGACGAGGUGGCGAAGGUGGAGAAGGUGGAGACGCUGCGAAUGGCGGUGGCCAUGAUCAAGGAGGUGAAGACCAUGAUCGCGGACAUGCAGGCUCCCAGAUCUGGCUCCAGCGCCUCUUUGCCAGCGGCGUCCAGCGUGGCGGUGGCCGGCGCCGCUGAACCGUCCGCUUCGGCGCCGGAGGCUGCGGCCAGCGUGCCGUUGGCUGCGGCAGCCGUGACGGCGGGCGCGGAAUCGGAGAUGAGAGAGAACGGGGCCAAAGAUGGCGAUGAGCCAAUGCCACCGGAGAGGGAGGCGCACGCGCCGAACACGGAGACGCCGCAAGCGGCGACGCAGCCGCAAGAAGCAGAGGCCAGCCAGCCAGCGCCAGCGCCGGAAGCAACGAGCGCCGUGCAGCCAACGCAGCUGACGCCUGAGGAGCGGAAAGCAAGGGAGCUGGCCUGGCGCCGGCGCCUGGCCCGAGCCUUCAAGGAGCUGCGGCGCUCCGAGCACGCGAAGGCAGCCCUCGAGGUGGCAGCGCCGGGGUUGAUGGAGAAGACGGUGGCGGCGGAGGCCAAAGCGCUGGAGACAAAGGAGACUCCGGAGGAAGAGGAAGAGGACAGCGACUUGUUGUCAUUGGGCCUGGGCCCGGAACACGUGAAGCGUCUCCACGACGAGCUCGCACGUCUCUUGGAACAGGCAGAGAAAGGCGCGGCAAAGCCCCGCGCCAUGGUUCGCGCUAUGCAGAUGCUCUUCCUCGCAGACUCCGCCAGUGAGGCCAUCGCCUCGCUGAAGCCGGAGACGGCGGAUGAGGAAGCGCUGAACCAGCUGACGGAACGCACCGAGGAGUUUGCCCCGGCCUUGGAAGCCAUGCGCUCCCUGGCGGUGGACAAAGACGUCUUCGCGCACCUGGCGGAGGACUUGGCCGAGGAGCACGGUGAGGUGCACGAGUCGGAGAGCGAGGCCAGCGACCUCAACAAGGAGCUGGUAAAGAAGAAUGAGCCCGCCCCGGUGGUCCUGCCAGAGGGCUGGCGAAUGGAAUGGGUGAAGCGAAAGAAGAAGGAGAUGCGCGAGUUCUUGGACCCAGAAGGCAACCGCUACCGCACCGUCCGCGAGGUCCGUGCUGCGCUGCUGGAGCACGAGGCUCGCCAGGCCGCGCUGCAAGCCGCCAAGGCCCGCCAGGAGGCACUUGCUGCUGCGCCCAAGAGGAGACGUUUGAGGGGCAAGAGCAGCUCCCAGCUCUUCGACAUGGCAGACCCAGCCCUCGGCGGCACGCCGGCAUCGGCGCCUGGACCCAAUCCGCCGGCGGAGGAUGAUUUCGCUGAGGACUUGCUGAAGGCACUGGGCAUGGAGGCAGAGGCACCUCCGGCACCGGCGCCACCGGCACCACCGGCACCGCCCGACCAGGCCGAGUCGACUCUUCAAACAGGCCUUAAGGUGCGACUCACGGAGUUGGGCCAAAUGGGGCGUUUGGGUGACCGCAACGCUGACGGCUGCUGGGAGUGCUUUCUGGAGGUGGGCGGCAAGGUGAUGGCCAAAGAGUCCGACUUCGAGCUGGCAGAUCCCAGUGUGGCCAAGCGAAAGGCGAACCCGCCCCCGGCCCGCCGCGUGCGCGCGCGGGGCCGGGGCAAAGCGGAGGUGGCUCCGAGUCAGCCAGGACCUCAGAUUGAAGCAUCUUGCGCCUGCCAACAGGUUGGGUGAAGAUUCUGAUUGACUCUGCCAGCCCGC